AUGGAACUGCUACUUUUACAUGUUGUAAUCCUCCUUUUGAACAUGUUUGAUUUUUCAUCAGGAAUAAUAUAUAAUAAAGGUGAUAUGGAGCAACACUUCGCAUGUGCUAGCAAAGGGUUCCCCAAAAAGAAUGAAAUAAUCAAGCUGUAUCUUACCGCAAGUGACUUGGAAAUCCAGUGUGUUUUCUUAUCUGAAAGUAAGGUUACUUCAAGGGAAUUUCUAAAUGUGUUCACAUCAGGAGGACUUGCUCCUAGUUUGGGAAUCAUAAAUAGUACAUAUACGGGCGUCUUCCACUUUAAUUUAACUUUGUUCAGUGACCGGGUUUACUGGUUGAUUAAUAUUCCCAGAGAAAACAUUACAAAAAAUACAGAUAUCGCAGCUGUAGAAGAAUGGUUAGUAAGAAUCACGUUACACCAUGGAUUACAUAUUUAUACCACUGAAGGAACACUGUUGGAUAGUGUUCGAGAACCAAUUCUUCAGUGGAAUCUUGGGACUAAAAUGACAAAAAACAGCGUCAGUAAAUUAUAUCCACACGUGGUAGCUCUAAAAGUGACAAAAUGCCCCUGCGCCAAUGAUGUAGCAUUGCUUGGUUUCAUUUUGAAUUCGACACUUGAUGGUGUUUACAUAGGCCUCAGCUUUUGUGGAUUUUGGGAUUAUGAUGAUACCACGUGGUAUAACCUGACAGAUACGAUCUAUUCCCAAAUUGGAGAAGAACACACAGAGCUGUCAGUGGUGGAUAUGGUCUUAACAAAUCAUUUCUUAGUUAUCCUCACCUCUUUGGGUGUUUUUAUAAGUAGAGAUCUUCGUUACCCAUCAUCUUCAGUCCUAAUGUUUUCAAGGGCAGACUUUUGUGGUUUUGAAAGGGUUGACUAUAUCAAAGGAAAACUGUGGUAUAAUGAAAGGUGCUUUGCAAACAGAGAACACUUUGAAGUUGACUAUGUUACCAUCACCUUUGAAAGAAACAGGACCUUAAGUGAGGCAAGCUCUUGUUUUUAUAGUAAAGAGCCAUUUCUUGAAUGGUUACCUUGCUUACCUCACAUUUCACAAGGAAUGAAAACUGUAAUAACGUUUCUCGUUGACCAAGACCAUAGCUGUGGAGUCUACCUCUUAAGUAACCAGGUGAAAAAAGAGGUCACUGCCUCUGUACGCAUCCUAAAAAAUAACAAACCAGGAUUAAAGCAAAAAUUUCCACUUUUCACGUUUCCUCCCUCAUUUUCUUCUCCUGUUGGAAUGAUAUUCCAUCCACGAAGCCAUUUUCUGUAUGCUUAUGGUAAUCAGGUAUGGCUUUCAAUUGAUGGUGGCAACACUUUUGAAUUAUUGGCUGACUUUCAUGAUGAUAUCAUAAAGCAUACUUAUCAUAGUUUUUAUACUUCUGAUAUUACUUUUGUUUCCCAGAGUGGAAAGGUUUACUUGACGAAAGCAGGAUUACAAAGAUACACUGAAAUUGGAUCUGUUACUGAUAAAAUCUUCACACUGUACUAUGACCACAUGGGGUUCAUACAUAAACUGACCCCAGGUGGCUCUGAAGCUGGCAAGUCACUUGCAGCCUCUGGGAAUUCUAAAGGUAUUUUUGGACAGGCUCCUGAUAUGGGCUUUGAGGCUGCACUUGCUCUGCAGUAUAUCACCUUAAAUGAAAUGAUCUUUUAUGCAUAUGUACCCGAGAAUGAACCUGAGGAAAGCAGAUACACCAAGAGAUUCAACAACAUCCACUUGGGAAAAGUGAUACACUCCAAGAAAACCGGAACAGCUUACAUAAAAAAAAUAUUGCAACAUAAAACUUCUGAAGGAUUUUUGUCCUCAGUUAUUGCAGAAAUGGUAGACCCUUUUGGAAUAGAAGAUGUGAGUGAGAGCUCUUGUUUGUCUAGUUCUCUUUCCAUCAAUCAAGAGGGAAACUUCUGUAAUCUUACUCUUCAAAUGCAAAGUGUUGUUAGUUCCUCAUUCCAAGAUUCGGAUAUAGAGAAGACUGUGGUGAUCCCGGGUUACAGCAGCUUCCUGAUCACACGCAUUGUAGAUGCUAAGAAUGCUUUAGCUAUUGCUACCAUGCCCAGAAGAAUACCCAACGGUAUGACUUUUGUAAAAGACUCCUGGUUCUUAUACAACUUUGGGCAGAGGAAUGGCCGAACAUGGACUAUAUAUGCAAAACCAUGCAAUUAUUGGUUUCAGCAACAUGACGAUUCACUAUCCCUCAAUGUCCUGAAAUACAUUGAUCUGGGGAAAUCGCAGUCUUUAAAAGUCAAGGUCAUACCUAAUAAAAAAGGUAUUCGAACCCUUGAAAUACCGCUACUGAAAGUCAUUGUUGGAAACCCAACUUUGUUGGAAGUUAAUGCUGAAGGCUUUUUUGAUGAUACUGAUAGUUAUCUAAUGAAAAUUUCUGCAGCUAGCAAAGCUUUACAUCAAGGUUCAACUUCAUUGGCAUUUAUUGCCUGGGGAGCAUCAGCUAACUGCUUUGUUACAACAUUCGUACCAAUACUGAAAAGCAGCUGUAGUUACCUCAAAUCUCUACAUCACAUUCCUAGUCGACAUAUCCCGUUGGAAGACUGGAUCAGUGGAGUUCACAAAGACAGUCAGGGCUUUAAUAUGAUCAAAACUUUACCGAUAAACUACAGGCCUCCGUCUAAUAUGGGAAUCGCCAUUCCACUUACAGAUAAUUUUUAUCAUGCAGAUCCCAGCAAACCCAUACCAAGAAAUCUAUUUCAUAAGUCAAAGAAAACUGGUAAAUUCAAACAGUGUGCCAAUAUGUCUACACGGCAGGAGUGUAAUUGCACAAAUGAUCAGAAGUUUUCCCAUGCUGUUGCUUUCUCAGAUUGCAGAGAAAAGGUAAGAUCACUUUUAAUACCUGAAGACAGAAUACUUCCAUUAAUAUCCCCAUUUUCUGUGAAAAUAACACACCUGUGCUUAAAAUAUACUUAUGUACUUUUAGAGCACGUUGUACCAGAAAAUGUAAAAAAAUUGAAAGAUUACUUAGAACCCAUUCUUCAUGCUUCAGUGUAUAAUCCUUCGGGCCUCAACUUAACUAUAAGGGGCUCUGAGCUCUUUCACUUCAGAGUGUCCAUUGUUCCAGGGGUCACCUUUUGUAACUUAGUUGAAGAAUUUCAGAUUUACGUGGAUGAAGUGCCAUUGCCGUUUCCAGGACACACACUUAUUGCCAUUGCAGCUGCCGUAGUGCUAGGGGGAUUAAUUUUUAUAACAUUUCUGCUUCAAAUACGUAACAUCCACCCAUUGGAUAAGUGCCGAAGAUGGUUUAGAAGAAGCAAAGUGAACUUAUCAAAUGUCAGUUCCAGUCAGCUGGCUUAUAGAUGA